AUGGAUAUUGAGGAUUCACCAGUGUUUGAUGUUCAAAAAUUUAACGUUUCCUUAUAUUACCAGCCGUACGUGGUACUCGGUAUUUCACGCGACGAUUACGCAAAACCGGCAAAACUGUUCAUUUUACGGGCAGCCAAAACGGCCCCGAUGGCCUGCUGCCUUUCCGAGGAGGCAAGGGAGCAGAAACGUAUAAAUCAAGAAAUCGAAAAGCAAUUGCAACGUGAUAAACGCAAUGCCCGGCGUGAACUCAAACUUCUGUUACUCGGAUUGCGUAGUUUGGAAAAAAGCGGUAGUAGGAAAUGGCAUCAUUUUUUUGUGGCUUACUAG